AUGAAUAACCACAAAAUUGAUAAUUAUAAACAAGAACAUGAAGAAAUGAAAAAGAUAGUUCAUGACAUUCACAGCACUCAACUGCAAAUGGAAGUUGAUUUCUCAGCUUCCAUGGAAUAAAAUGCUUAAGCCACCCGCUCUAGCCAAACUAUAUUGUAGGUUUAAUGUCUCAUUCUUUAUUGUUAGUGUCUGAAUCAAAUGCAGUUGCAAUUCAAUAAAAGGUUCGAUAAUCUUUCCUUACUUCUAGCCAAGAUUACUUCAUACAUUCCAAAUUUUCGUAAAUUUUAAUAAAAUUAUGCAGCCCACUAAAUAGGAGAUAUGCAAAAGUAAUACUCCUUGGAUGAACCAUCUCCAAGCAGAUUAGAACACCAUUAUAUUGUCCCUUAUAAUGAGAAUUAUAACCAAUACAGCAAUAUAGGAUCACCAUAUCAUUAAUUCUCUUGCAAUAGUCCAAUAAAUAUUCUUUUAUCCAGAUAAAAUUAAUAAUUUUAAGAUUAUUGCCUUUAAUUUGAUCCAAACAUCUUCUAAUUCAAAAGAUAAAACCAAUAAUAACAACUAGCCUUACCUGCUCCAGCAAUUAAUUCAUAUUAGCGUACUCUAAUUAUCUAUCCACUUAUAGCUAGCAAUAAUUAUUCAUUGCAAUCUAGUUCAUAAAACUCCCCUUAUAGAAUGCCCAGUCCUUGUCAUACUUCCUUCAUGGAUUCUGAAAACCCAGAAAAAUUUAAUUUUUACUAACAAGCAUGAAUUCUAAUUGAAUAUUGUAUUUAAAACCAUUAA